CUUUUGAGGAUUCAUCGUCGGGGCAUCAGUAGUGUUUCUCAGUCACGGGAAUUAAAACCUACAGUUGAAAGACUGAAUCAGUUAGGCCGAGUAGUGCAAUUUUCGAUCAUUUAUAGCAAUUACAGAUGCAAUUUUCUUGGACUGUGGCAUGAUUUGCUGGGUUUUGUGUAGAGAAUUUGUGGAGAAUAUUGAGUGAAAAUUGAAACAAUGACAAAGUUUAGUGAAAAGUCAUUCUGCAAAGUCUCACCAGACACCUAUAAGAGUGGCUAUGAGGUGAAUCACAAGACAUCCUCGCCAGUGGGGGAUUUCUAUUCGCAAUACGGAGUGUCCAUGCAAGUUCCGAGCGAUGGUCAGAGAGGCAAUCGGUUUGAGAUUCAAGCGCAAAUGCCUUCAGAUCAGGAUGACAAUAGUCUGAGCUCAGAGGAGCACGUCCUGGCGCCUGUGGGAUGUUCAGCUGGACAAUCUCGUCCAUGCCUGGCCUGGGCUUGCAAGGCAUGCAAGAAGAAAAGCGUGACAGUGGAUAGGAGGAAAGCUGCGACUCUUCGUGAGCGUCGACGUUUGCGAAAAGUUAAUGAGGCAUUUGAGCUGCUGAAGCGGCGGACGAGUACAAAUCCCAACCAGAGACUUCCGAAAGUGGAAAUACUCAGAAAUGCUAUCGAGUACAUUGAAUCCUUGGAAGACCUUCUGCAAGAAACUCCGGCUAUCAGACAAAGUCCUGACAAUGUUGAUGAUAUGUCAAAUCAAACGACUAGAUCUCAGGAUUACAUGAACUGUUGUCCUGGCUCAUAUUUGAAAGAAAGACUGCAUCAAUUAGCCAAAGACACGGACAGAUUUACGCCGAUUGCCGGCUACAUUACGAAUGGCAGUGCCAACGGAUCGAGUCUCGAGUGCCUUAAUUUAAUUGUGCAGAGUAUAAAUGCCGUACAAUCGUCACCAGUCCAUCCAUCGUCAGCCACUCUGCCCAGCAAAUAUGACACUGCAGUUCAGUGAUUAUGACUGUGAGCCUCAUUCAAGAGAUCACACAUCAGCCUCGCGAAAAUUCACGCACACCCAGUGUCUUAAAAUGAGAUUAUAGUGAUUGUCCUGAACAUAGGCAUACUUAGAGACAUUUGUUUUAAAUAAAUAACUUAAGAAAAGCGACUCUUUUGCCCAUGAGUUAAGAGGAUACGCGGUAUACAAGAAUAGGACAGGAAAUGUGACA